AUGAAAGUGAGACCAAAAUCAUCGAAAAUCCCAAAAGACAUCGAAACAACCCCAACAAAGUCCUUCGUCUACCCCAUCAGUUCCAUCUCCUUCUCCCCAGUCGCCCCUCACGACUUCGCGGCCGCCCAUUCCACCACAAUCUCCAUCUUCUCCGGCCAGACCCUCGACCGCAGAUCCACAAUCUCUGACUUUUCCGACACCAUCACAUCCACCUCCUUCUGCUGCGACAGAAAGCUUCUCGCUGCCGGAGACCUGACAGACACCGUCUACGUGUUCGACGCCAGGUCCCGCGACCACCUAUGGCGCCUGAAAGGCCACCCCGCCACCGCUCGACUCGUCCGUUACCCCCACGCCGCCGACAAGACCCACCUCUUCUCUGGCGGGGAUGACUCUGUCGUCUCUCAAUCAUAA